AUUAUUUCUAUGCUCUUUUCUAUGUAGUAGAAUACUCCUACUUUAUUCUCUUACUUCAUAAGAUCUCAGACUUAGUAAUACAGCUUGGACUGAUCUGAAGCAACCAUUGAUACUUUGGCAGCUGUUCAUUCUUUUCUCUUACCAAUAGCCAGUUACCAUUAUCAACAAUCUUUUUACAAGCAGGGCUUAUACUCCUGAUCUUCAUUGUCCAUAGCUAAUUGGAAUCUGAAUUUUAUAAGCAGGGCUUAAACCAGCAGGAAACUUUUCUUUAAGGUAAUUUUUGCAGCCUUCCAACAUUUCUUUUUCUAAUACUUAGUAUAUGGAUUUGGUAAUACAGGCCGGGUAAAAGUAGGCUGAGGGUUGGGAGAGAAUUAGGGAGUGAAUGAGAAUCCAAUCAACCGAUAUAAUUACUGUCUCUAUUAUUUGAACUAAAUCAGAUUUAGUCCAAGAUGUGUCUUAAGGAAGAGUUUCUUACUAUCUCGUCAAUCUUACAAUAAGACUACUCUUCAAAAUACCCUUUGACCUGCACAGGUAACAAGGGUUAGGAGAUACCCGGAAUGGUUUUCCGAGGACAUUCUCCAACACCAAAAUGGAAAACAUGUCUGAAGAAAUGGAAAAUACACCACUACAUGAAACAGAUCAGUUGGCAAGUUGGAUGAGAAAUGAAAUGGAUUCCAAGGUUUCUUCUUCAAAUAAUAAUUGCUGCAUUUACAAGAUUCCCGAGUUCAUUCGUAAAGAAAAAGAACAAUGUUAUAGCCCUGUAGUCUUAUCCAUCGGUCCGAUAUAUUAUGGAAAACCAGAAUUAGAAACCAUGGAGAAACUAAAAUGGGUCACUUUGAAAUGGUUCUUAGAACAUCCUAACAGUGGAGAUCACAAUUUGGAAUAUUACCUCCAUUUUAUAAGACAAAAGGAAGAGCAGAUUUGUGAGUGUUAUCAAGAUAUGAACAAGUGCAACCUUAUUCCAAAACACGAGUUUCGUGCAAUGAUACUGCGCGAUGCUGCAUUCAUCUUUUACUUGUUCAUAGAAAACUGGACCGAUAUGGAACAACUUGCAAUUCCCGAUCAAAUGAGAGUACUUAUGCGUUCUCAAACCGAUAGAGAUUUGUUUUUGCUUGAAAAUCAAAUGCCAUACUUCAUUCUUGAGUCUCUUUAUGAUGUAUCAUUUGGUAUGAUCCUACAAGUUUCCUUUAUUGAGCUUACCCGUUAUUACAUAGGCAGCAGAGGUCGUUGGACUCUCCCCGGUUGUAAGACUGUAAACUCUCAAGUUGCUGUCGAUGAAAUUGCAGAAGAAACAUGUAUUGAUCAUCUUUUGGAUUUCUUGUGUCGUUGCUUGCAACUUCAAACACUUGAACAACGACAGAGGCGUUUGUUGAAACCCAAAAAGAAUAAUAAUAAGGUUACUGAGACAAUUAAAAAAGCUGCACAUUAUGUCUCAACUACCUUAAUACCUUUAAACCGACGGCCAUCCGUGCAAAAUCAACAGAUAUUUCCUUCAUCGGCAAAGCAACUAAGUGACGCUGGAAUCCAAUUCAAGGCGAGUAAAAGUAUAAAUCAACUGGACAUUGGUUAUGCAGAUGGAGUUUUAGAGAUUCCCAAAAUUGAUCUAGAUGAUAACACGGAAUCUGCAAUACGAAACAUUAUAUAUUUUGAGCAAUGUCGUUAUUACAACGAUUCUUGCUUCAUCGAUUAUGUAUAUUUCCUUGAUGGAUUGAUAAACACAGAAGAAGACAUUCAAAUACUUGUGGAAAAUAAAAUACUUGACUCUCUUCUAGGGAGUCAUCGUGAGGCUGCCGAUCUCUUCAACAAAGUCACCACAAACACAACUAUAAAUAGCUAUAACUUUAGUUAUGCAGACAUAAGCGUAGAAAUGAAUGGUUAUGCCAAUACCUCAUGGCAUCGAUGGAAGGCUAUUUUGAAAAGGGAUUACUUCAAUCAUCCAUGGUCUGUAAUUUCGGUCACGUAUUUGGUGAUUUUACUCGUACUCACCAUCUUACAAGUUUAUACUGGUUUCAAAGCCAGUUAGUUCUGAUUCAGUUUAAAUCAAUGUUUGCUUUGUAAUUUCAUAUUAUUUUGGCUUUGACGUUAAUGUACUCUUGUAAGUUUUUUUUGUUGUUGUUUACAACUUCAUACUUCAUAAUUCAUACACAAGAAGGAGUAUAAAGAAACCAACACAAUAUUAAUAUUAAAAAUGUCUUAAACAA